AUGUGAUGCCGGGCCCGGGAGGCAGGCAGGCGGGGAUCCAGCGGCAGCCGGCAGGCGUGGAGCGAGCCGGGCGGCCCCCGCAGCGGGCACAGCCAGCCAGGCCCGGGAGCGCGGCCUGGGCUCCGCCCCUUUUCGCUGGCCGGGCCGUGCGCCGCCGGGCGUGGGCCGCUUCGGGAGAGCCUCCCCGGCUCCCGCGGCGCGUUCUGGGCGCCCUCGAGUAGGGCGCGGGGGCAGCGCCUCGCUCGGGCGCCGAAGGCUGCGGGGCCGCAGCGUCGGAUGCCGAAGCCAUGGAGUUGAACUGCAGCGAAGUACCUCUUUAUGGGCAGAUGACAGUCUACGCGAAGUUUGGCAAAAAUGUCUAUCUUCCUAAAGAUGCUGAGUUCUACUUUAUUUAUAAUGGAUCUCAUCAGAGGCACAUCGUGAUUGCAGAGCGCACGGCGGAUAACGUUCUCCAGUCCAGUGUUCCAGGCCAUGGGCUGCAGGAGACGGUGACGGUGUCCGUGUGCCUCUGCUCGGAGGGUUACUCCCCGGUGACCAUGGGCUCCGAUGCCGUGACCUAUGUGGACAACCUGGCCUGCAGGCUGGCUCGUUUGCUUGUCACCCAAGCCGAUCGCCUCACAGCCAGUAGCCAUCAGACCUUGCUGACCCCGUUUGCCCUGACGGAGGGGGCGCUGCCUGCUCUGGACGAGGAGCUAGUGCUGGCCCUGACCCAUCUGGAGUUGCCAAUUGGAUGGACUGUCUUGGGAAAUUCUUCACUUGAAGUUUCUCUCCACAGAGAGUCGCUGCUGCAUCUGGCUGUGAGGUGGGGCCUCACCAAGCUUUCCCAGUUCCUCCUGUGUCUCCCUGGGGGAAUCCAGGCCUUGGCUUUACCCAAUGAGGAGGGGGCCACGCCACUAGACUUAGCUUUACGGGGCGGACACUCCAAGCUGGUUGAAGACCUCACAAACUUCCAGGGCAGACGUUCCCCGGGCUUCUCCCGAGUACGGCUCAGCGAAGGUGCCUCCCUGCAGUAUGUUCACUCGUCAGAAACACUGACCCUGACGCUGAACCACACAGCCGACCAUUUGGUGGAGGCGGAUAUUAAACUCUUCAGGAAAUACUUUUGGGAUAGAGCCUUUCUCAUCAAGGCUCUUGAAGAGCAAGAAGCCAGGUCCGAGGAAAAACUAGAUAUGCCCUCCAGCGCUGCAGAAAGCGAAGAAGAGAUUAAGAAUUUGGUGUCCAGCAGAUCAUCGCCUGGAAAGGAGAGUGUAAAGUGUGUGGAAAGCCCACUGGUUCAACUGAAUGAAGGUGAAGGCCAGGACGGUCUAGAUUUGGAUCGUUCCUCUGAUGUCCUCAGAAAAUCCAAGCAUCCUCCCCUGCUCCUUGCUGCUGGCCGUCCUUCUGACAUGCUGAAUGGCGGUGAUGAAGUUUAUGCUAACUGCAUGGUGAUAGAUCAGGUUGGUGAUCUGGAUAUUAACUAUGUUAAUAUAGAGGGAAUCACUCCGGAUACCGGCCCUGAGUCCAUGGGUUCUACUCUGGGGUCUGAGAGCAGCAAGCACAUCCUUCCUACUGAAACCAGCUCUGGCAUGUACCCCCCACAUGGAAACAAGGACGUGAUACUCCACCCUGAAGCCCGGCAGUCUUUCAUGUCACCAUCUAGCUCAUAUGCUUCCAAUUUGAAUCUUUCUUUCGGUCUUCAUGGAUUUGAAAAGGAACAAAGUCAUCUAAAGAGAAGAAGCUCCAGUCUUGAUGCCCUGGAUGCCGACAGUGAGGGAGAGGGGCACUCCGCCCAGCCACACCUUUGCCACACUCCAGUGUCUCAGAGUUCUUCGAGGACUGGCCUUCCUAGUGGGGAUGAACUGGACUCUUUUGAGACCAACACUGAACCAGAUUUUAAUAUCUCCAGGACUGAAUCGCUUUCUUUAUCAAGUAGCCUGCAGCUGAAGGAAUCAUUGCUUUCUGGAGUCCGCUCACGUUCUUAUUCCUGCUCAUCACCUAAAAUUUCUUUAGGGAAAACGCGAUUGAUACGUGAUUUUACAGUGUGCAAUUCAGUUGAAGGUGGUGUGCUCCACCCUGGCCGUUGUUCCGUCCUUCCGUCUCUGUCUCUCUCACUGUCUAAAUCAGUGUCUCUGCUUCAUCCCUGUAAGCAAAGAGCUUACAGCUUACCGGAGCCACCAAGAGAAAAAAGAAUUCAGGAAGAAGAGUGGGAUAAAUGCAUCAUACCUGCCAAAUCGGAGUCUGAAAAAUACAAAGUGAGCCGAACAUUCAGCUUCCUCAUGAACAGGAUGACCAGCCCUCGGAAUAAAUCUAAGACAAAAGGCAAGGAUGCCAAAGACAAAGAGAAACUGAGUCGACAUCAAUUUGUCCCUGGAACAUUCUCUGGGGUCCUGCCGUGUUGGGUUUGUGAUAAAACUCUCCUGGGGAAAGAGUCGUUCCAGUGUUCCAACUGUAAUGUAAAUGUACAUAAGGGUUGUAAAGACGCCGCCCCUCCGUGUAACAAGAAAUUCCAAGAGAAAUAUAACAAGAACAAACCACAGACCAUCCUUGGAAAUUCUUCAUUUAGAGACGGCCCACCGCCUGGUCUCUCCCUGCACCCUUCCUCCUCUAUGCCUAUUGGGUUGCCGACGGGGAGAAAGGAAAUGGCCAGCCAGGUCCACCCGCUGUCCAGGAGUGUCCCAGGCACUGCCUUGGAAAGCUUCAGGAGGUUGGGGACAUCCCUGGAGUCUGAGAGUGAUGGCAGCACCUGGAGAAGCAGGUCCCACUCUGAUGAGCUGUUCCAGCCCAUGGGUUCAUCUCCCUCCACCGACUCCCUCUUAAUGGAAGACGUCGUGGAUUCGUCUCUGUGGAGUGACCUCAGUGGUGACGCCCAGGAGUUGGAAGCAGAAUCUUGGAGUCUGGUGGUGGACCCCUCAUUUUGUAGUAAGCAGGAGAAGGAUGUCAUCAAAAGGCAGGACGUCAUUUUUGAGCUGAUGCAAACAGAAAUGCAUCACAUCCAGACCCUGUUCAUCAUGUCUGAGAUCUUCAGGAAAGGGAUGAAAGAGGAGCUGCAGCUGGACCACAGCACUGUGGAUAAAAUCUUCCCCUGUUUGGAUGAGUUACUGGAAAUCCACAGGCAUUUCUUCUAUAGUAUGAAGGAGCGAAGGCAAGAAUCCUGUAUUGGCAACGACAGGAAUUUUGUCAUCAACCGCAUCGGAGAUAUUCUAGUACAACAGUUUUCAGAAGAAAAUGCAAAUAAAAUGAAGAAAAUAUAUGGGGAAUUCUGUAGCCAUCACAAAGAAGCUGUUAGCCUCUUUAAAGAACUCCAGCAGAAUAAAAAGUUCCAGAAUUUUAUUAAGCUCCGAAAUAGUAAUCUUUUGGCUCGACGGCGAGGAAUUCCAGAAUGCAUUCUGCUGGUCACUCAGCGCAUUACGAAAUACCCUGUCUUGGUGGAAAGGAUACUGCAGUACACAAAGGAGAGCACUGAAGAACAGAAAGACUUAUGCAAAGCUCUUUGCUUAAUUAAAGACAUGAUUGCAGCCGUGGAUUUAAAAGUCAGCGAGUAUGAGAAAAAACAAAAAUGGCUUGAGAUCCUAAGUAAGAUCGAAAACAAAACAUACACCAAGCUCAAAAACGGCCACGUCUUUCGGAAGCAGGCGCUGAUGAGUAAAGAGAGGACCCUUCUGUAUGAGGGCCUUGUUUAUUGGAAAACUGCAACAGGUCGUUUCAAAGAUAUCCUAGCUCUGCUUCUAACUGAUGUGCUGCUCUUUUUACAAGAAAAAGACCAGAAAUACAUCUUUGCAGCUGUUGAUCAGAAGCCGUCCGUUAUUUCCCUUCAGAAGCUCAUUGCUAGGGAAGUUGCGAAUGAGGAGCGAGGAAUGUUUCUGAUCAGCGCUUCGUCCGCUGGUCCUGAGAUGUAUGAAAUUCAUACCAACUCCAAGGAGGAACGGAACGCCUGGAUGAGACGGAUCCAACAGGCAGUAGAAAGUUGCCCAGAAGAAGAAGGGGGAAAGACAAGUGAAUCAGAUGAAGAGAGGCGGAGAGCUGAAGUCAGAGUGGCCAAAAUUCAGCAAUGUCAAGAAAUACUCAGUAACCAAGACCAACAAAUUUGUGCAUAUUUGGAAGAGAAGCUGCAUAUUUACGCUGAACUUGGAGAACUGAGUGGAUUUGAGGAUGUCCAUCUAGAGCCACACCUCCUCAUUAAACUGGACCCCGGAGAGCCUCCCCAGGCGGCCUCGUUACUGGCAGCAGCACUGAAAGAAGCUGAGAGCCUGCAGGUUGCAGUGAAGGUCUCCCAGGUGAGCGAUGCGUGUCAGCCCCCCGAGGAAGGCUGUGCAGAACCCGCUGUGCCGGAUGUGCUCAGUUCUCGGGAUGCAGCAGGGUCGCCUACUGCUUCACUAGUCACAGAAGGGACAGGAGGAAGAGGCUGUUGGGAUGUGGAUCCCGGGACCCAGGGUGUGGGAACCGACCAGGCGGUCUCUGAUGCGGGGGAGAAGGUGGAAUGUAGAAGUUUCCCAGGUUCUUCACAGUCCGAGAUUAUACAAGCGAUACAGAAUUUAACCCGUCUCUUGUAUAGCCUGCAGGCCGCCUUGACCAUCCAGGACAGCCACAUUGAGAUCCACAAGCUGGUUCUCCAGCAGCAGGAGAGCCUGUGUUCUGGCCCUUCUUUCCGAGGCAGCCCCUUGCAGGACCAGGAGAAAUACCGCAAUCUGGAGAAGCGGCGGGAAGAGCUGGCCAGCAUCCACAAGCUGCAGCAUCAGUUCCUACAGGACCAGCAGCGCUGGCACCGCAGGUGCAACCAGCAGCAGCAGGAGCAGGAGGCCAAGGCCAGCCAGCUGCAGGCGCGAGAGCAGGAGUGCCAAGCACAGGAGGAGCUGCUGCUGAGGAAUCGGGAGGAGCUGGACCAACAGCUCCAGGAGUACCAGCAGAACCUGGAGCGGCUACGGGAAGGCCAACGCCUGGUGGAGAGGGAAAGAGAGAGGAUGCGGGCCCAGCAGAGCCUGCUGUGUGGCUUGAAGCAUAGCCGGCAGAGUAGCCUUCCUGCAGCAUUUUCUCCAGGAAGAAUGGAGGUGAUGGAACUUAAUCGAUCUGAGAAUUUCUGUCAUGAAAAUUCAUUCUUCAUCGAUGAGGCUUUAGUGCAGAUGUCACUUAACACUUUCAACAAGCCGACUCCAUCAGAUGCCACUUACCCCCCAGACAUAUCCCAUUCUGAUUUGGUCAGGACUUGUGGAAAUCAAGUAGCCCUCAAGACGGACGUUUCCUGGACCUCAGAUGUCAACCAUGAACCGUGGGUAGCUGCUGGGCCCUGUCAUCAGAUACCCCCUCUCCACCAAAGCAGCAAAGAUUCUUGCAAAAAUGAUUCGGACAUCUCUCAGACUGAAAACUCACCCCUCCAUGACUCAAACCCACACGGCCCUCAGCUGCAGACGUUUAUAGCAGAAGCAAAGCUAAGUCUACAGAGAGUGACCACACCAGAUGGGGAAACUGGAGAUGGAGAAGAAAACAUUGUUUACCUCUGAUUGUGUUAUUUUUCCAAACAAAACAAAACACUGGCAUCCUGGAGAGAUUUUUUUUUUCCUUUCCUGAUGUGUGUAUGUGUGUGACUGUCUGUGUCCAAAUGGCCUUAGGAGUAAUGUUUAAUAUUUCAUGAAAGUUCAUUUGGGGGGCAUGAGUCUAAUAAUUAAAUUAUUGAAAACA